AUGUUUACCAACCGCGAGGGCUUCAACAUUGAUGCCGUCUUCGGCUCCGUCAGCCGCGCCGUCAACCACCGCACUGCCCUGCCCCUCGCCCUCGGCCUCUCCCUCGAGCCGCUCCUUGCCCGCUUCGCGCCCGCCGUCCUUCGCACGCUUCUGCACAACGAAACCGCCACCCGCCUGUUACGAUUCACGGCCGUCCACCUCGCGGGCCUGCGCCGCCCAGCAUGGGUCGUCGCCUUGCUUACGUCGGCCUACGCUCUCAGCAGCUGGCUCACCCAGAAAAGCAGCAAUAAUUGGGUCGAGGACCCGACAUGGGACUUUGACCGCGAGAUCGUGUUGAUAACGGGCGGCAGCAGCGGCAUCGGCGCGGCGGUCGCGCAGGAGUUUGUGCGGCGCAACCCGCGGACCGUCGUGGUAGUCGUCGACGUCGGCCCGCUCAAGUGGGAGCCGCCCGCCGGCACGACGGUGCACUUUUAUCACUGCGACUUGACCAGCUCGGACGCGGUCAGGGAAAUGGCAGACAAGGUGCGCGAGGAGGUGGGCCAUCCGACGGUGCUGUUCAACAAUGCGGGCGUGGCAAGGAGCUCGCCGAUUCUGCUGGCCAAGCCGGAGGACCUGGAUCUGGUGAUUAAAACGAACCUACUGGCGCAGUAUUAUGUGACGCAGCAGUUUCUCGGCGACAUGGUGCGGCACGACCACGGACACAUUGUGUACUCGGGGUCGCUGAGCUCCGUGAUUGCGGGCCCGACCAUCGGGCCGUAUUCGUCGACAAAGGCCGGCUUGUCUGCGUUGCACGACGCCCUCCAGCUCGAACUCAAGUUCAUGUAUGACGCGCCGCGCGUCCGACAAACGCUCGGCAUCUUUGGCUUCAUCCGCACGCCGAUGGUGGGCACGGCAGCCAGGGGCGGAAGCUUUGCGGUGCCGUUCCUCGAGGUUGAGACGGUGGCCGAGGCCAUUGUCGACUCCGUCUAUAGCACCUACUCGCACACAAUCUACAAGCCCGGCGCCGGCAGCUUCAGUGCAGGUUUACGAGGCGCUCCUACGUGGAUGCUGACCAACUUUCGGCUCGGCUUUGGAGCGGGCUUGGCCAAACUGCGCAUGCCGACUUUUGGCGAGCAGAUUCGCAAGGUUACGCAGAGGUAA